AUGUAUAAUAGGCUAAUAAAGUUGCUGUCAAGAACUAACCGUUUCACUAGAUCUACAGUGAAUACGAGGCUACAUAUUGUUGUCUUCAGGAAAAGAGAUUUCAGCGACCUCAGCUACAUCCACAACAUUGGAAAAGAACCCUUGAGACCUCUCACAGUCGGACAACUCCUGGAACAGACCUGCUUCGAUCAUGGUAACACGACAGCAGUUGUUUCUUGUCACCAAGACAAGAGGAAAACGUACUCUGACAUUUUGUACGAAGCAGAUCGCCUAGCAGCAGGUCUCAUGAAAAUGGGGUUCGUUCAGGGGGAGAGUAUCGGACUUUGGGCCCCGAACCAAAUUGAAUGGUACACUUCUUUCCUAGGUUGUGCUAGAGCAGGUUUGGUGGUGGUUUCUCUAAAUCCUGCAUACCAAAGAAGAGAACUGGAAUAUUCUAUCAACAAGGUGGCACUGAAAGGCAUAAUAUGUGGACACAAAUUCAGGAAGCACAAUUACUACGAGAUACUAGAAUCCAUUUGUCCUGAAUUGAACAAGAAUACACCUGGACAUUUACGAAUGAAAAAUAUGCCUUCCCUACGAAAUAUAAUCAUGAUAUCUGAAGAAAAGUUGGGUGGAUCAUUUAAUUACAAUGAAGUAUUGAAUAUGCCUGGAGAAGCUGAAAUUGAAAUGGUGAAGAAAAAUCAACAAAAAAUUGGUUUCGACAAUCCAUUUAAUAUACAAUUGACGUCGGGUACGACAGGUAGUCCCAAAGCAGCCGUAAUCAGUCAUUUCAGUACAGUAAACAAUGGUUACUUUGCUGGAAAGAGAAACGAAUUACACAAAAAGCACCACACGAUAUGUCUACAAAAUCCACUUUUUCAUGCCUAUGGAACAAUAAUUGCCUUAUCAGCUAGUUUGAACCAUGGAAGUACUUUGGUGCUGCCUUCAGAUGGCUUUGACCCAGAGAAGUCUCUGGAUGCUCUUAGAGAAGAAGACUGCACAAUAAUCUAUGGUACGCCUACGAUGUACGUCGAUCUAAUAAAUAUCCAGAAGAGGAGAAAAGAAGCUCUAAAUGUUGAAAUUGCUUUAACAGGAGGAGCAUCUUGUUCACCACAGUUAUUCGAAGAUAUGCUACAAGUAUUAAAAGUGAAGAAAGUGAAGUCUGUGUUUGGAAUGUCUGAAACUACUGCAUCAUCCUUUCAAUCAUUAGAAGAUGACGACAAAGAAAAAUCCACAAACACUGUAGGUUAUCUACAAGAACAUCUAGAAGCCAAAGUUAUUGAUAGAGAAGGACACAUCGUGCCAAUCGGAGUUCCUGGUGAAUUAUGUAUACGAGGAUAUACGACCAUGUUAGGUUACUAUAAAGACGAAGAAAAAACGAAGAAGACGAUAGGAAGCGAUGGUUGGCUGCGUACUGGUGACCAGUUUAUGCUGAGAGAAGAUAGAUACGGACGCAUUCUGGGCAGGUAUCAAGAAAUGAUAAUACGUGGUGGCGAAAAUAUUUAUCCGAAGGAGAUCGAGGAUUUCUUGAAUACACAUCCUGAUAUCCUUGAAGCACAGGUAAUCGGCCUGCCGAACGAACGAUUGGGAGAAGAAGUUUGUGCAUGUCUCAGAACCAAAGAUGGCCGGAACUUCACAGUGCAAGAACUGAAAGGGUUUUGCAAAGGAGAAAUCGCCAGUUUCAAAAUCCCAACCACGAUUCAUAUAGUUGAAGUGUUUCCCACUACUGCAACUGGAAAAAUACAGAAAAAUGAGUUGCUCCAAUUAAUAUUGAAUAAAGAGUCGAACAUC